AUGGGCAGUUUUGUUGAAAAUACUCCCACAGCAGUUUGGCAACAUAUUGGAAUUUUAUCCAAGUAUACUGACUGUAAAAAUAUUUAUCAUGAAGAGUAUAAUGAUAAAGAAUUAUUUCCAAAAGAUAGUCAAAAGUAA